AGAAGGGGCGUGGCCUAACUGGAGGGGCGUGGCUACGUGGGCAUCAGGAAGAAGUCACCUGUUGACUCGUUCUACCCUUUCUCUUGCCUACCCUUGUGGCUACCGCUGAGGGGGAAUCUGCAGACCAAUAAGCCUCUUCCGAAAGAGAUCCAUUCGUGGACUGUGGGACCCUCGGUGGGCUCCGGGAAGAGGGAGGAGGAACGGAGGCCACUUUCUGGCAGCAAAGGAAAACACCCGUGUAGGCUCUCGGCUGCCCGUGUUUCCUCCAACCCGAGACGGCAGAGCUGCAUGGCUUCCACGGUCUGGGCAAGUGCCCCCUGGUGGGGCCCGCCGCCCCCCGCCCCAGCCCGGCCGCUCACGGACAUCGACUUCUGCUCUGGGGCGCAGCUGCAGGAGCUGACCCAGCUGAUCCAGGAGCUAGGUGUGCAGGAGAGCUGGAACAACGGGCCCAAGCCGGGAGCCGACCUCCUCCGGGCCAGGGAUUUUGUCUUCUCUUUGCUUGGUCUCGUCCACCGCAGAGACCCCCGCUUUCCUCCCCAGGUAGAGCUCCUGCUGCUACGUGGUGGAAUUCGCGAGGGUUCCCUGGAUCUAGGGCAUGCACCCCUGGGCCCCUACGCCCGGGGGCCUCACUACGACGCUGGCUUCACACUCCUGGUGCCGGUGUUUUCGCUGGAUGGCACCGGGCAGGAGCUGCAAAUGGACCUGGAAUCCUCUUCCGCUUGGCUCCGCCUGCCAGAGCUGGUGUGCGGGACCUCAGUCCGGGAGGCCUGGCACGAUUGCCUGGGACCCCCAGUGCCAGGAGGGCAGGAUUCCGUCCACCAAACCGAGGACAAAGGAAGUCCCACGGACUGGCAAAGCCCGCUGUACCAGCCGCAAGGUUACCUCACUGAGCCUGAGGCACACGUGUCUUUGGGAGAUUCACCAAGUGACGUCUUAGGGCCCGAGUCACCUCAGCCUGACGUCACUGAUACUGGCUCUCCCGCACCGUUGAAAAACCUAAAUAGUGAUGUCACCAAGGCAGCCGUCCAGAGCGGAGUCCCAAAGCCAUUGGAGGCUCAGGAGGCGUGGCCCACUCUGUGCCCCACGCAGGUGGCCGCCUGGUUCUUUGCUACACUGGCCGCGGUCGCCGAGUCCCUAAUCCCGGUGCCAGGAGCGCCACGCCUGGUGCACGCAGCUCGCCACGCCGGUUUCACCACGGUCCUCCUGGCUACGCCCGGGCCCCCGCGCCGCCUCCUGCUCUUCGACCUGAUCCCCGUGGUGUCCGUGGCCGGCUGGCCCUCUGGAGCUCGGAGCCACUCGUGGGCUGGUCCACUGGGCUGCGAGUCGGCCUCCUUCUACCUAGUGCCGGGUGGCGGCACCGAGCGACGGGGCGCCUCCGAAUGGCAGCUCUGUUUCGCCCGCCAGGAGCUGGCGCUCAAAGCGCGCGUACCGGCGCCGCUGCUGCAGGCGCACGCGGCGGCCCAGGCGCUGCUGCGCCCGCUGGUGGCGGGGACUCGGGCCGCGGCGCCCUACCUCCUGCGGACGCUGCUGUACUGGGCGUGCGAGCGGCUGCCCGCGCUCUACCUGGCGCGGCCGGAAAAUGCGGGCGCCUGCUGCCUCGGGCUGCUGGACGAGCUGGGCCGUGCGCUCGAGGCCGGAAAGCUGCCUCACUAUUUUCUGAGCCGCCGACAGCUCAGCGCUGGGGAUGGCUCCCCUGCGCUGCUGGGGGCAUUGGUCCAGCUCCGUGGGGACCCUGUCCAGGCCCUGCGAGCGGCGGUGGAAGAAGCCAAGGUUGCCCGCAAGGGGGGCGGCUUGGCGGGCGUGGGGGGCGGGGCGCAUUAAAGACGCUGCUCCUACCGGCGUGGAAAACGCUUCUUUCCACUGGCGAUCGCGACGUAGAAGGCACUGGUCACCCCUCGCCCAGGAGACAGACUGCGCCCCGUGCCCACCGUCCAGUUCGCAGUAGGCUUCCCUUCAGGUCCUCAUGCCCCCGCCGGCCCUGCGGCUCCAGCCACUCUCCAGAUCUGCCGACAGCACCUCUCCCUCCCGGAUGCAGCCUCCCGCAACCAGCCCUCCCCACUUCUUUUAGUCUUUUAUCUUCGGAGCCCGUACAGAUGGGAGGAAUGUAUUUGCUGACAAAAUGCGGAAGGCAUUGGGGUAUGGAGACCAAGGACUGAUCAGUUGGAUUAAAGAGGCCAGGUUUCGCCCCGGGCUGGGUCUCAUCCCUACCCCCAUGUCUCCAGUUCUGCCCUCGCUUCCAGACCGGGCAUUAGUGUCCCUCUCUUCAUUCUCCCCGUGGCCGCCAUUCCAUCUCUGCGAAGCCCAGCCUCUCCCCCAAUCCACAGCUCCGCUAAUGAGGCCUCCUUGUCCCUCUCCCUCUGAACCCCGAGGC